CCUCCUCCUCUUCUUCUCUCGCCUGCUCCGACUCGUCAUCUUUCUGCCUCGUGCGCUGUACCUGUGCUUCGUUUUGCCCUCGUACCGCACGUCUCGUGUCUUAUCAGUAGCCGGCCGCCUCACCGACGUCACUGCGCAGCACAUUGGAACGCUGCCUUGUAACACGGUUGACUCGAGUACAAGAGUAGCAACAGCGAGAGUCGCGUCGGUUGCUGAAUCUCUCGCCCGUCCUCCUCUCCCGAAUCACAUGCUUUGCGCCCGGGUGGCUGCACUGGAUACACGCACCUGACCACUCAGCCUUCGCUACCGGCACGCGAACAAGCAAGUAGACGGGCCAUAGCCUCGGAGACGCGUCCCAGGCCUAGAUACCGGACCACAGCCUCCUCCGAACCCUCCAUCUUUACUCUCACCGACUUCCUCCCCAAGGCCUAUGGCACCAUGCCGCCCUACCUAUCCCCCUUGCACAUAGCGAAGCCCUCGUUACCCGCCAACUGCGAGCCGGCAAACGCGUUCACAUACCACCUGUCAGCCGCAUUCCACACGUGCAUACCCACCAAUCUCGCCCUCAUCUCUACCCUGCUCGGCACAUGCAGUAUCAUAUCAUGGCUGUUCGCACAGCUACCGCAAAUAUACAAGAACCACAAGCUCAAGUCCACGUCGGGCUUGAGCGCCUUCUUCCUCACCGAAUGGCUGCUGGGUGAUUUGACAAAUCUGCUGGGAUGUCUGUUUACGGGCCAGGCCUCGUGGCAGAUUAUCAUUGCAGCAUACUAUGUUUUUGUAGACUGCUGCUUGUGCGGACAGUGGAUAUGGUACGAGAUGCUGCACCACGGCCGCCCACUACGCCCCAUCUGGGGCCGCUGGAGUUCUGGAAAUGGCUCUUCAGGCGCUGGAGGCGCGUCUAUGCACCAAGUUCUCGAGGGCAUGGGCAUAGGCAAAUCAGCAAAUGGGCCCAAGAAACACCAGGACGGAAUGGAUAAAAAAGACGGAUCAAGCACCACCACGCCGCAAGAUGUGCCUCGCUCGGGCCAAAAAGACCCAUUCAGGAUACCCAACUUUGCGCGCUCUCCUACGGCAGCAAAGGAAUCGUGGCAGGAAUCCUCGCCGUCUGGCACAUCUCCAAACCCUAAUGUGCGCCGCGUAGCUGCAUCCAGCUCGCCCAUGCCCUCGCCAAAGACGCUCCUCUACAUCACUCUCCUCAUCGCCGUGCUCUCCAACCCCACCACCGCAAAGCCAAUCUCGCCCUUUGCUCCUGGUCUCGCCCACACCCGCACCACGCACGCACCCACUGUUUUCACCACCUCCAGCGACUCCGCCAGCGGCACCGCGCUCGCCGGUAAAAUCUUUUCCUGGAUGAGCACUUUUCUCUACCUCGGCUCGCGCCUCCCCCAACUCUACAUGAACCAAGUCCGGAAAUCCACCGCGGGUCUCUCUCCUGCCCUCUUUGCAGCUGCCUUCUUCGGCAACCUCUUCUACUCGUCCUCGCUCGCCACCAAUCCCUGCGCCUGGCAAGAUUUCGCACCCGGUCAAGGCCGCGGCUGGGUCGGCCCCGAGGGCACUACGCGCGAAACCUGGAUUCUGCGUGCCGCUCCGUUUUUCUUCGGAGCCGCGGGCGUCCUCCUCAUGGACGCUGCCGUCGGCCUCCAAUUCUGGUAUUUUGGCGACGCUGCCGGCACGCCACGGGGUCGCUCUCCCCUGCCGCGCGACGACGAGGUCAUCAUCACGGUUGACGACAACGGCAAGCUCGUCCGCAGAAGCCUACAUUGGCGCCGCGUCAGCGGCUGGAUGCGCGGCUGGGCUCCCGCCGUCAGUGUCGCGGCCACACCCAAUGUAAGUCGUGCGGUUACACCUAUGGAUACCCCGCGCGAAACUAGUCCUGCGAGCGAAUCCGGAAGUAGCAGCAGUGCGGGUAGCAAGAGUAAGAGUAUCCCUAUUGUUGGGGGGAGGGGGUCGGCGCUGGAUGAGGCGAGGGCGCUGCUGGGCACGAGUAGACAUGCUAGCCCGAGGAGUUAUGGGGCACUGGGGAGUCCGCGGUAGUUGUUGUUAUUCUCCUAGUGAUGUGUGAUGAAAGAUGGAUGUGUGUUUUCUUUGCUGGCAUUGUUAAUCUUGCAUACAUACGGACUUUUUCUUAGAUAGAUUGCAUGGCACCGGCAUGAGCAUGGGCAUGGGCAUGGGCAUGAGCAUGGGCAUGGGCAUGAGCAUGAGCAUGAGCAUCAAUCAGCGUUCUUUUUUUUUCUUUCUUUCUGCAGUGUAUUCUUAGGAAAUUGCUGGCUUGCUUCACAUGGCGGGGAUGCACAUGUCAUGUCAUGUCAUACAUAGCAUGGGUAGCAUGCGUAGUAUGUAAACC